CCGUGGGCCUCAUCCUCAUUUACUGUUGGGCCCUGGAUGUGAGAUUCUCUGAUGGGCCCUGGGGGGGGGCCACUCCGACGCUUGAGCUCCCCAUACAUCACUCACAUUUACACAUUUAUGUCCCAGGUAUCAGUCCCUCCAUUGAGUUAUCAAGAGAAACCUGGGGGUGAAUCAGUGAAACCUGUGCAAUAUCCUUAUACUAUGGGGAGGGGGGUCAGCGCUCGUCCUCUUUAAUUCCAGGUUUUUAGAGACCCAGCAACUGUGACUUUAUCAUUGACUCAAGUGCUCGGUCUCCGUAGCCAUUAAUCUCUCGUUAACGUCUUCCUUUCCCUUCGUUUCCUCCGCACUCCCCUCCAUCUGUCUCCCCUCCCUGCGAAACACUCUGUGCAACUCCAGCAGCCUCUUUGUCACUCACUCUCCAUCUGUCUCUUCCCUCCCAUCUGUAGUUCAUUUAUCUCCCACGUUACACUCCAUCCUCCGUGUCGUCUUGUUGCCCCCCACUCCCCGAGUCCCCCCGCUUCCGUCUCUCCCCUCCCCCCCAUGGAGAAUCUCAGGUGCUCAUGCUGAGCCGCUUCUCAGUACAGGAGAAAUUAGGAGAUUUCACGCUCAUUUAGCCAAGACAUUAAAUGCAAAUCAUUUUACUUGUCAGAAGAAUGGGGGGGGGGUCGUUCCAAUGGCUGAACAGGAGUUUUAAUGAGAAGCCCAUUUAUUCACUUGUUUGUAUUGGAUGUUCCUCUCCAAGUGAAUCCGACCAAACCAUCACGCUCUAUUUACUGCGCACGUUCUAUAACCUUGGGCCCAUUUACAAAACACUUGGUAUAGCCCAGGUUGGCUCGGCCCAUUCAUUUCUAGCAGCCGUGGAAGAGACGUGCUCAUUACAGAACGAGGGGGCCAAGAGCCAACGUCGGCCGAGAUGGGCUCAGGGGGACCGGGUCGGCCUCGGCUCUCGUCAUUUAAUUGAGCGCAUGAUGCGAAUACGGAAUGCAAAUCAAAGGCAUCAAGGGCCCCUUCUCAUGUUUGUGCCCAUGAAAAACAACCACCGCUGAUUUAACUUGACAUUGAGUUGACACGCGGUGGAGGAUUGAGCCAAUGGGCGAAUCUCAAGAGGGGUCACUACGGAGUGGAAAAAGAGUUCCUGGGGGAAAACCUGGAACAGACUAACCACCCCCAUCCCAACUUUCAAUGGCGUCUACCAGCAGCGAUAAAGUGGGUUCCUCGUCCCCUCCAAGCAUUUUCGGGAACAGGAGAGAAUGAAAGCAACGAGACACCACUACUGAAAUCCAAGAGCCCCAAUCCCACGUGAAGAAUAUUCCCGAAGGAACCGAACCUGCCGGAGUUGCAUGAUUUAUGUAUUGACUUUUCAUCCCACAUCCUCUACCCCAGCCGAAAUUUCAGGUCUUAAACAAGGGACUCGAGUCUUUGAGAAUGAACUCGCUGAUUGGGAGACAGAAUUUCUCAGUUGUUCACCUUAAAAUGAACUUUUAGUAUGAUGUCGAGAGUGAUAUUUGUAAUUGGUUUUCAUUGUUUAUUAUUUGUGUUUUGAGUUAUUUUGCUUUUUCUUCACUAGCUCUCCAGUUUCCUUUGUCUGGACUACAAUUUACUAAUGAGAUCAUGAUGACAAGCAGCUGAUAAGGGGCGGCGCGGUUGUUAUUGUGGAUAGGCAGAAAUAUAUGGAGGAAGCAAAUAGGAACGUUACGAGAGAAUAACACACGACCCUGUGUUUCACAUUAAAAAAAGAAAACGAGGCAGGGGAGCACUGGGGACCGAUUUCCCAUACCGCAGUGUUUCUGAGCCAAUGUGGAUAUGGUCAGGUAGCACGUUGCCCCCUUAAAAUCCUGCCAGCCCCCUAAAAUCCUGCAUCUCUCUUCCCUAAAAUCCUGCAUCUCUCCUCCCUAAAAUCCAGCCACCCCCCUAAAAUCCUGCAUCUCCCUUCCCUAAAAUCCAGCCUCUCCCCUCCCUAAAAUCCAGCCACCCCCCUAAAAUCCUGCAUCUCCCUUCCCUAAAAU